UCUUUACGCGACGCCAGCAACUGGGAUUGAUAUAGAAAGCAGAUUUCCAAAACUGAGCGCGGGAUCAACAUAGACGCUCAUUCUAUUUCGGCGGCUGAAGUCUCAGACGGGAGCAUCAACCGCGCCACGUCUCUACGGGACGACAUGUUGGCCCAUAUUUCACUUCUAGCGAAAUGAGUAGCGAGUAGAAUGCGUGAAGGGAAAAAAAUCCGAUCCCGCAGAGACUGAACAAUGGGUACCAAUUCAGCCGGACAAUGAAUUGCGUGCCGGCUGUUUGGGUUUCUAGACACGUCCACGGCAGUUUGGAUUCCAGCGCGGACUCCCAGAGAACCGGCUUAACUUGUGUGAGAAAAUUAGAGGCGACCGAACGGGGGUGGGCGGCGUGGGUGAGGGAGAGAGAGCCGUGUCUCUUGUCUGCUUUAUGCCCCCACGUUCGGUGUCAGUCGAAUUUGGAGACGGGAAGAGCCUAAAACAAGAUAAACUACGCCAGCUGUCACGGGAGGAACACACCGACUCGAUCAAUGAUUUCAUGCAGUAGUCUAUUGCAAACUUUAAUUCCAAUCCUGACCUUCAAGGUACGAGAACUCGUGGCAGAAAAUUAACACCUAUCAAAAUUAUAUGCUCAAGAUCCAAGAAGAGGAACACGCAGCCUGUGCACAAUUCUGGAAAGACCACAACCUCUCCAGUGACAUGGUCCAACCUCUCUCCUACAGAUGUACCACUCGUGGUGUGACAGGUCAUUAUAGCAGUUACCCGGGGUCAGUAGGGUGAGAUCUCGAAGCCUUCCUGAAGAUGCAACCUGGAAAUGCUGGGCUCCUGGCCGCUCAGGGUGGGGAAUGAAUGAAGUGAGACUGGGAACCUCACAUCCCACUCAGGAACUGACUGAGACUCUAGGGUGUAAUAGGCGUUCAGCUCGUUGUGAGUCUCCUGAUGGCGUCUCUCAUGCAGAGACUGGUGCCUCAUUACUCCAUCGGUCGCUGGUUACUCUGCAAUGGCAGUCUCUUCCGAUUUAAGCAUCCAUCAGAUGACGAACUUCGAACCCUAGCGGGAAAACAGAAGCCAAGGCUGAGAAGAGACAGGAGGCAGAAUGGCGUCACUGAGAACAAACCUGAGAUGGUGCCCAAAGAUAUCAAGCUGUCAUUGGAAGCAACACCCAUCAAGCCUCUGGACGCUCUGGUGUUGCGCUACUUCCUGGACUACCAGUGGCUGGUGGACUUCGUCAUGUACGCGACCCUGGUCUACUUGUUCACAGAGGCGUACUAUGGUCUGCUCAACGUUCAGGGUGAGAUCAACGUGGGCGUGCUAUGGUGUCUGCUUACAUUGGUCUUUGGAAUUAAACUUCUCUUCUCUCUGAUGGCUCACUACUUCAAGACUGAGGAAGGAGGGGAGCGCUCCGUCUGCCUGACCUUUGCUUUCCUCUUCGUCCUCAUUGCCAUGUUAGUACUGGUGGUGCGCGAGGAGUAUCUGGAAUUUGGUCUUGAGCCAGGGUUUUCUAACCUGUACGAAAAUCUGCAGAUGCUCUUCAGGCAGCUGGGACUGGGUGACAUCUGGCCAUACUCAGUAGCCAGGUUGAUUUUUAAGCUCUCACUCGUUGGAGUUUCCUCGUUCAUUGGAGCAUGUUUAACAUUUCCAGGCCUGCGGCUGGCACAGACUCACUUAGACGCUCUGAGGAUGACUGCAGACAAGCCUCUAACACAGGUCCUGUUGUACGCAAACUUUCUGUCACCCAUUCUUGUGUUGUUGCUGUGGGUGAAGCCAAUCAGCAGAGACUUUGUCAUCAGUUCUCCAUUUGGGAAGGAGAAGAUCCAGCUGCUGUCUGAUUCGAUGUACAACACAGUGCGCCUGUGGAUAAUCCUGGGGCUUUGCGCUUUGCGUCUUCUGCUGACCCGCUAUCACCUACAGGCCUACCUGAACCUGGCCGAGCGGUGGGUGGAACUGAUGAGGAAGGAGGCCGGCUGUAUCUCCAUGAUCGAGAUUCAGCGGAAGAUUUCCCGAGUGUUCUGCUACCUGUGUGUGGUCACCGUGCAGUACCUGGGCCCCACCAUUCUCCUGCUACACUCUACUCUGCUGCUUAAAGUGUUGGGGGACUAUUCCUGGGGUUGGUACCCGGAACCUCCUGGAGUUUCACCAGCCAUUGAUGCCAGUCCACAUAACUCGGGCUCUGCACCCGGCGAAGAAGACGAUUAUCGAAUGGCCGUCUCGCAGAUCACAGCAGCACUGGGAGCCUUGCGGAACGUCUUCACCCCACUCUUUUACCGGGGACUCCUCUCCUACCUGACUUGGUGGCUGGCAGCUUGUCAGGUGGUGACCAACCUCUUCGGCCUGUACUUCCAUCAGUACCUCAUGGGCUCGUAGGACGGUGGGGUAGCUCAGCUACGGGACCGUGUCUGCUCUCUCGAGUGCCUUCCUUCUGUCAUGUUGGACCACAGGCAAACAGUCCAGCUUAAACAAGGCUUCUUACUUCUUCACCCGUUAGUUUCUUCACUCGCCCCCCCCCAACCCCUGACCCCCACAGAAACGUACUCUCUCCUCUUUGCCUGUGGAUAAGGUAUAGACAGCAGUUUGCUGUAACUGAGCUUGUGGUGGUUUGUGUGGAAGAGACAGGUGCCCAUGCACCCAGGGCAAGGUACUGGAAAUUUGUCUGAUCAGGAGAAGCUGAGCUGUUGGCCUCUCUGUUCCUGGUUCACUCUUCCGGACAGUUGUUCAUUUAACGUUAAACACCUGAGCUGGGUUUUUGUUCAGCGUGUCCUUUUCUCAGCUUGCAAAGCGGUGUCUGUGUUUCUCCAGUGAGGGCAGUGAAGGGUGAAGUUGUUUGGUCACGCACAUGGUGUGUAACUCUGUGUGGGAGUGGGCAGAAACCCUGGCAGGUGUGGGAUGGACAGAGCAAUGGGAUCUGAAACAGACCGAAGAGACAGUUCUGGGUCUCACACACCAUCUGCUGGAGGAACUCGGCAGGCCAGGCGACAUCUAGGGAGGGAAAUACACAGUCACCACUUUGGGCUGAGACCCUUCAUUAGCUCCUGAAGAGGGGUCUCAGCCUGAAACAUUAACUGUUUAUUCCCUUCAUAGGUGCUGCCUGAUCUGCUAAGUUCCUCCAGCAUUGAUUUUGUGUGUGUCUGUCUGUCUGUCUGUCUGUCUCACGGCGACAGGUGAGAUGUUUGCAUUGGGGUUUCGGGAAAGUGAUGCAGUGUUUCAGGUGAUGGUGGGGCACAAGGGAGGGUUGUGGUGAGGGCAGGCUUGAAUCCUCACCAGACCUCUGGAAACUGCCAUCCUUAUCCCGUACUGACCAUGAACGUGAUGUUUACUGUUUCCAAGGCUGCUAAGUGCCUGUAGAUCUGUGUUUGUGUGUGUACUAUGGGUAACACAGAACAGAGAACGGUUCAGUACAGGCCCCUCAGCCCACCAUGUUGUGCCAAGCCAAUUAAAUCAGGAAUCAAAUGGCCAACUCUUCGCCUUCCCAACAUCCAUAUCCUUCCAUUUUCCUCACAUUCAUGUGCCUGUCUAAAAGUCUCUUAAAAUUCUCUGAUGUUUCUGCACCUACCUCCACCUCAGGCACCCACCUUCUCUGAGUAAAAUAAUUACCCCUCACAUCUCCUUUGAAAUGACCCCCUCUCACUUUAAGUGCAUGCCCUGUGGUAUUAGACAUUUCAACCCUGGGGAAAAGAGGCUUUCUGUGCCUCUCAUCAUCUUAUCAAACUCUUAUCUGCCUCUGCCACUUCAGAAGGUGAGGACAUCCCAAGGGUAUUAGAACAUAAGGAAAUGAUGUCAAGAAUUUUCUGACGUAAACCGUUACAACCCCAUGUCCUCUCACUUGUCAGUAGUGUGGAAUGUUACUCGGUGGUCACUGAUGUGACUGGUGAGGGAGAGGCUGACACAGAGGCAAGUCUCCCAGGGGAAGGUUAGCACAGGUAAUCCGCCGUCCCCUCUCCUGUUAUACCCUGGGGAAGAUGAGGGUUACGGUUAUGAACAGGGUGGGGUCAAGGACAUAAAGAACUGCAGAUGCUGGAAAUCUGAAAUAAAGGCAGAAAGCUCUGGAAACACUCAGCAGGUCAGGCAGUGUCUGUGCGGAGGGAAGGAGAAUUAACUUUUCAGCUCAAUGGCCCUUUGUCCUGAUAGGACACUGGACUGUAGAAAUGGGAUAAUUAGAGAAACUUCACCUGUGUGUCUGGGGAGAGGACUGUUUAAAAUGAAUCUUGUAUAAUGUACUGUGAUGUGGUGGAGCAGAGUGAGUGAGGGGUGAGCCCGAGAGUAAACCUCUCUCAACUCAAGAACAUUGAUCACUUAUACAACUUAAACUUGAAUCUGUCAACUUUGAGUGAAUCAAGCAGGUUUGUUGGAGAGGGUCCAGAGGAGGUUCACGAGAAAGAUUCCAGGAAUGAGUUUAACUAAAGAGCGUUUGAGGGCUGUGGGCCAUUACUCGCUGGAGUUUAGAAGAAUGAGCGGAGAUCUCAUUGAAACCUAUCGAAUAUUGAAAGGCCUGGAUAGAGUGGAAGUGGAGACAAUGUUUCCAAUAGUGGGGGAGUCUAGGACCACAGGGCACAGCCUCAGAGUAGAGAGACGUCAGUUUAGAAUAGAGAUUAGGACAUCCAUUUAGCCAGGGGGUGGUGAACCUGUGGAAUUCGUUGCCACAGACAGCCAUGGAGAUCAAGUCAUAGUCAUAGAAAAGUACAGCACAGAUACAUGCUAUUUGAAUAUAAACUUAUCUGAAUUCAAGUCAUUGAGAAUAUUUAAAGCGGAGGUUGACUGGUUCUUGAUUAGUAAGGAUGUCAAAGGUUAUGGGCGAACGCAUGAAAAUGUCAUUGUGAGGGAUAAUAAGUCAGCCAAGAUGGCCUGAUGGAGCUGACUCGAUGGACCAAAUGGCCUAAUUCUGCUCCCAUGUCUUAUGGUUUAAAAAUGGCUAGAUACAGAUUAAAGCUCCCUCUAUAUCAUCCCAGGGUCAGUGUGACACAUGGUGUCUCAGUCACCGCAGGGUAGGGCAGCACAGACUGGGUGCACACACAUACAGACGCAGGCUCACCGUGCCCCUCCACUGCACUGUCAAAAAGAGACACAUUGGUUCCUCUUGUGUUGUGUGGAUGUUGGCUGCAUUCUGACAACUCUGCAUUUAAAACCAUAAGGAAUACUGUAGAAGCAGAAUUAAGCCAUUUGGAACAUCAAGCCUGCUCUGCCAUUCUAUCAUGGCUGAAUUAUUAUUCCCCUCAAUCCCAUUCUCCUGCCUUCUCCACAUAACCUUUGAUACCCUGACAAAUCAAGAACUCAUCAAGCUCUUAGUUAAAUAUACCCAAUAAUUUGACCUCCACAGACAUCUGUAGCAAUGAAUUCCACAGAUUCACCAUUCCUUGUCACCUCUGUUCCCUUUAUUCUGAGGCUGUGCCCUCUGGUCCUAGACUCCUCUACUACAGGAAACACCCUCUGCACAAGCAAGAACUUCCUUGUACUGUGUUUGUUCUCUGAAGGUCUUUGCUUAUGAAAAGAGACCCACCGAAUGAACACUUAGAAAUCAGGAAUGGGGUGGAGGAGAAUACAGGUCAUUCAGCCCUUCCAGGGAGCUCUAGCAUCGAACCCAUCCCGGUGAUGGCUGUUCAUCCACUUGCGGCCCUAUGUGUUUGUGAUAUUAAAGCAGGGGUUCCCAACCUUUGUUAUGCCUUGGACCUCCCCCCCCCCCCCGCCAUUAACUGAAGGGUCUGUGGAUCCCAGGUUGGGAACCCCUGACCCCGCAUGAGAGGGUGCACUGACACACUCAUGGCUGGGUCUGAGGGUCACUGAAGUCUGUCCACACUUCUCCCUUUGCUUGGUGUCCUCACUGACUGGGCUUUUUCAAGCUAGGAGCAGGCAGGGUGUAGGAAUCUUGUGCCCUGCACCACCUGGUCUCACUCACUGUGGGCUGACAGUUCUCACCUCACCAUUCUUGUUCUCCCACCACCCGUCUCUCUGCAGUGAUUACCCUUUCUGUAAAAGCACACACCUCUCAUGUUUUAACAGCUACUGUAAAGUAAAUUGCCUUCAGUUAAGGUUCAGUAAACCAUCUGAUCCAGGUCCCUCUGAGACCCUCUUUUGUGCACAUUAGGCUGCGCAGAAGCCCCUGACUGCAGCCUGUAAUGUGUGUCUGGGUCACAUGCUGCCCGAGGAAAAACUGGCCCCAACAGACUCCCGCGAGACUCUCAAUUCACUCAUCUGUCUCAUUUCCACUCAAAUGACUUAAUUAUAAAGCUGUAUGUGUUAAAGGGCCAGUCCAUCCCAGCCAGAUACGAAUUAAAUAUUAAACCCUCCCAUUAGCUCCCCUCGAAUGCAGAAUUUCAUCUUCAAAUCCCAUUCUGCCGCAGAGCAGCUACACCAGGCUGGGAUUCUCAGCACAACGGUAGUGGGUUGGACAUGGAAGGCAGGCUGGGUGGGGGGUUGGGGGUAAUGAAUGGAACAGGACCCCCAGUUCCAGUCUGUCAUCUGGUGCCCACUGUGGAAAUGUCUGUGUGAAAGUAUGAAAGCAGACCCUAGUUUCUGUGUGUGUGUGUGUACACUACAGCUCUGAUGUCUACCCACCCUCAACAACUUUAUCAUGUAAACAAGAGUGAAAUUGCACAGUAUGGACUGAUAUGUGUGCUUUUGGAAACAAGCUUUUAAAAAAAUAUAAUUAUAUUUUAAAAUCUUCUGUGAGUUCUUACUUUUCUCCAGUCCGAUGACCACAGGAAGAAACAACUGGAGUUUCUAAGAAGCUCCAACCCCAGGUCCCAAACUGUAUUAGAGCCAAGGACAUCUCUUUGUAAAGCAGCAAUCAGUGCAACCUACAAACUGCUGGGGACCUGGCCUCAAUCUGGUGUUUGGAGUUUUUCAUUGAAACCUAUCAAAUACUGAAAGGUCUUGGUAGAGUGGAUGUGGAAAGGGUGUUUCCUUUAGACCAUCAGAUAUGGGAGCAGAUUUGGCUAUUUGGUUCAUCGUCUGCUCCGCCAUUCAAUCAUGGCUGGUCCUUCCCCCCCCCCCUCAGCCCCACUCUCCAGCCUUUUCCCCAUAACCUUCGAGGCCAUGUCCAAUCCAGAACCUGUCAACCUCAAAUACACCAAAUGACCUGGCCUCCACAGCUCCCUGUAGUAACCAAUUCCACAAAUUCACUACCCUCUGGCUAAAGAAAUUUCUCUCCAGCUGUUUUAAAUAGAUGCCCCUCUAUCCUGAGGCUGUGCCCUCCUCCCAGAUUUCCUUUUCAUGGGAAACAUCCUUUCCACAUCUGAAAGGUUUCAAUGAGAUCCCCUCCCCCAAAUCUCCUAAAUUCCAGUGAGUACAGGCCAAAAGCCAUCAAGCGUUCCUCACAUGAUAACCCUUUAAUUCCUGGAAUCAUCCUUGUGAAUCUCCUCUGCACCAUCUCUAAUGCCAGCACGUCUUUUCUUAGAUGAGGAGCCCAAAACUGUUCACAAUAAUCAAGGUGAGGCCUUACCAGUGCCGUAUAAAGCCUCAGCAUCACAUCCCCUUUCUUGUAUUUGAGACCUCUUGAAAUGAAUGUUAACAUUGCAUUUGCCUUCCUCACCACCAACUCUGCCUGUAAGUUAACAUUUAGCGUGUUCUGCACAAGGACUCCUAAGUCCCUUUACAUCUCUGAUUUUUGGGUUUUCUCCCUGUUUAGAAAACAGUCUGCACGUUUAUUUCUACUACCAUAGUGCACGACCAUGCAUUUUCCAACAUUGUAUUUCAUUUGCCACUUUCUUGCCCAUUCUGCUAAUCUAAGUCUUUCUGCAGACUGUUUCCUCAAUACUACCACAAAUCUUUGUAUCAUCUACAAACUUGGCAACAAAGCCAUCUUUUCCAUCCUUAGAACAGAGGUGAGGAUGAAUUUCCUUUGCAGAAGGUGGUGAAUUUGUGGAAUUCAUUGCCACGGACAAUGUGGAGGCCAAGUUGUUAGAUAUAUUUAAAGCAGAGGUUGAUAGGUACUUGAUUAGUCAGGCUGUCAAAGGUUACAGGGAGAAAACAGGAGAAUGGGUUGAGAGAGAGAAUGUAGGUCAUGAUAGAAUGGCUGAGCACUCUCGAUGGGCUGAAUGGUCAAAUUCUGUUGUCAUGUCCAAUGGUGUUAAGUAUUGUGGAAAAACCUGUUGGAAAUUCCUCCUGUCUGAAAUGAAUCAGAAUCAGGUUUAUUAUCACUGGCAUGUGACAUGAAAUUGGUUAACUUAGCAGCAGCACUUCAAUGCAAUACAUAAUAUAGAAGAGAAAAAUAAUAAAUAAAAUUUAAAAAAAUAA